CCAACCAGCGCUUCCCUUCGCUCUUCACUUCGCUCUUCCCAGACACAAUCACAAUGGGCUUCACAACAGGGCUGCUCGGCGGCUUUACACUCACAGCCUCAAUCCUCUACCUCUCCACCGAACUCCAUGCUCGCAAUCGAGCUCACCAGUCCGCUCUCCUACGACAACAAGCCUACCUCGUCUCCAACAUAUACGCGCCCGAACCAGCUCUCCCACCUCAAACAGAUCGGAGAAUACAAGCAGGACUUUGGGAAACUGCGAAAGACAAAUGGAAUGCUACACUUGAGCGCGAAGUACGAACGGUGUCGAAUGUUGACUGGCAAAGCGUGACAGAGCGCGUGGGAGACAGUGUGAGCAACUUGGUGUCGCGGGCGUUCAACCAAGGGAAGGAGGCUGCGAAGGAGGUUGGAAAGUGAAGAGAACGAGGACUGAAGGAGAUAGUUUCCAGGAUGGCUGGUCCUGAAGCGGCCUCACGAAGGAUUUCCGUGGAGAAGAGAGGAGCAUUUACCGUGCCGCGCCGAAGUGCACUGUCUCAUAAAUUACGGUA